CAUGGAAACAAGCGAGGAGAAAGGAGGAGCAGUUCGUUUGGAACAAGCCUCUGCGCUGACUCCCCAUUGUACCAACUUAACCGCAUGAAUAAUUCAUUAAACUUGCUAACGCACAUUAAGACAAAGACAUAUUUUAGUCAGAUAGCUAUCAUUUAUUUUUACCGCCUCGGCUCGUGUGGACGUUUAGCCAGCCUCAUAACGAGCCAUGGCGGAGCGAAGUGGCCGGUUGAGCCUCGGUGGAGGGGGACUCAACAGACCCGUGCCUAUGAACCUGUUCGCCACAUGGGAAAUAGAUGGAUCUUCCCCGAGUUGCAUCCCGAGGUUGUGCAGUCUGACUCUGAAGAGGUUGGUGGUCCUGAGGGAGCUGGACAAGGAACUCAUAUCGGUGGUCAUCGCUGUCAAGAUCCAGGGUUCCAAGAGGAUCCUGAGGUCCCAUGAGAUAGUGCUGCCCCCUAGUGGCUCAGUGGAGACUGACCUGGCUCUCACCUUCUCACUGCAGUACCCUCACUUCCUGAAGAGUGAGGGUAACAAGCUCCAGAUCCUGCUGCAGAGGAGGAAGAGAUACAAGAACAGGACUAUCCUGGGAUACAAGACCCUGGCUGUAGGAACCAUCGAUAUGGCUGAGGUGAUGCAGCACCCUACGGAGGGGGGCCAGGUUCUGUCUCUGUACAGUAACCAGAAGGAGAUGCUGGGUAAAGUAGCAGAUAUCUGGAUCUUCUCACUGUCCAGUCAGCCCAUAGACUACGAGGAGGCCGCUCUGCAGGAGGGAACCAAGAUCAAAUGCUCAGAUAACUACUCGGAGGAGGAGUAUGAGAGUUUCUCUUCAGAGCAGGAGGCCAGCGACGACGCUGUUCAGGGUCAGGACCUGGAGGAUGAUGAGUAUGAGGUGAGGAAGCCUAAGAAGCAGAGAAGGUCCAUCGUAAGAACUGCUUCAAUCACCAGGCAGCAGAACUUUAAACAGAGAGUUGUGGCUCUGCUGAAGAGGUUUAGAGUCUCAGACGAGGUGUUGGACUCGGAGCAGGACCCGGCAGAACCCCCUCCAGAGGUAGAGGAGGAUCUGGACCUAGAGAGUCUGGAGUUUGAGAACCCCAGUGACAGUGGACCAGAACUAGACGAUGACGACAGUGUCCUCAGCACCCCAAAACCCAAGCUCAAGCCAUAUUUCGAGGGCCUUUCUCUCUCCAGUUCUCAGACAGAGAUCGGCAUCCACACCAGCCCGGUGGAACCAGACCAGACUGAGAGCAGCGAGGCCACGUUCCAGGUGGACAGUGUCUCAGAGAAGGGCUCAUAUCAAGAGCAACCAGAGGCAGUGACCCCCACUACAGAGCUGGAGAUGGACAACAUGGACACCUUCCUGGAGAAGCUGCCCCCUACUGGCAAGAUGAAGAAGACCGAGUCCCUCAUCAUCCCUUCCAACAGAUGGCAGGAACCUAAGUUGGCGGGGAGGAGAGGGAGGAGUACAUCCCUAAAGGAGCGCCAGCCCAACAGACCACAGAACGAGAGAGCCAACAGCCUGGAUAACGAACGCUCCCUCGACACACACUGCCAUCUACAGAUCCCCAGGAAGACCGUGUAUGACCAGCUGAACCACAUCCUGGUGUCUGACCACCAGCUACCUGACAGCAUCAUCCUCAUCAACACGUCUGAUUGGCAGGGCCAGUAUCUGUCAGGCGUUCUCCAGAACCAGCACCUCCCGGUGGUGUGUACCUGUACUACAGCAGACAUCCAGGCCGCCUUCAACACCAUCGUUUCACGCAUACAGAGAUUCUGUAACUGUAACAGCCAGACGCCCAUCCCCAUAAAGAUAGCUGUGGCUGGAGCCCAGCACUACCUCGGUGCAGUCCUCAGGCUGUUUGUAGACCACCUCUCUUAUAAGACCCCUGAUUGGCUGGGCUACUUGAGGUUCCUCAUCAUACCACUAGGAUCUCACCCAGUCUCCAAGUACCUGGGUACCAUCGACUAUCGAUACAACAGUUUAUUCCAGGACACUGCGUGGAGGGACCUCUUUCACAAGCCCGACGCUCCAGUCAUAGUGCAGGAGAGUCCAGAUGUGGUUUCCAGGGUAACCCAGUAUAUGGUCGGGGCCAACAUAGUUCACCAGCUCCCCAUCGCUGAGGCCAUGCUCACGUACAAACAGAAGAGCCCAGACGAGGACUCUUGUCAGAAGUUCAUCCCCUUUAUCGGGAUGGUGAAAGUUGGACUGGUGGAACAGUCAUCGGCAACAUCAGGUGACUCGGACGAUGCAGCUCCCAUGGCGACAGCCCUCCUCUCCUUCACCCCUCCUCAGGUGUCCCCCGCCCUGAAGGAAGCCACGCCCACCCCUCCCUCCUCCCCCUCUGUCAACACAAGCUUCAGCUCAUACAGUUCUCCCCAGGGGGAGCUGAUGGGACUACAGGUGGACUACUGGGUGGCUCCUUCCCCGGCUGACAGGAAGAGAGACGUGGAGAAAAGGGACUCGUCCUCCUCCAAGAACACUCUGAAGUGUACGUUCCGCUCGCUGCAGGUCAGCAGGCUCCCCCAGGCCGGGGCCCAGCCACAGCCCGCCAUGUCCAUGACCGUGGUCAUGAAGGAGAAGAACAAGAAAGUAAUAUUCCUGCCAAAGAAGACUAAAGACAGGGAUGUGGAGUCUAAGAGCCAGGUGAUCGAUGGCAUCAGUCGACUGAUCUGCACUGCCAAGCACCAGCAGACCAUGCUGAGGGUGCUGAUUGACGGCGUGGAGUGGAACGACGUCAAGUUUUUCCAGUUGGCGGCACAGUGGUCGUCACACGUCAAACAUUUCCCCAUCGGGAUCUUUGGACACAGUAAAGGGCCUUACUGACAAGCGACGCGUUGCCAUAGUAGCGGGCCCCGUUACCAUAGAGACUCAUCUGGAACGGAGGACAACGUCCCCUCCCUCAUGUGCCAAUAGCUUUUAUAAUAGCCGAACCCCCCUCCCGCACAUCUUAGACUGGUCCCAGAUCUGUCUGUGCUCUUUCCAACUCCUAUGGUCAAUUGUCAAACCCAACGUUGGCACGGCAGCACAAACAGAUCUGGGACCAGGAAACACACAUCUGCCCACCCCACUGUCUUAAUUUAAGCCCCAGAUUGACCUAUUGUUUAUACUUCUGUGUUUGUUGUUGUGUUUAUUCUAAAAGUUACCAAGGCGUCGGCUGUCAUAAGGAGAUUUGUUUCUCACCGAGUUUUUUAAAAAUCCUGCUGAUUUUCUAUACACAAAGCCGAGCGGAAACCUAAUUUAAUAAAUAGUUUGGAAAAACUCCUCUAUAACUAGGGAUGCAUAACAUUGCGGCACCCUCCCUCCCGCUCUUUGCUUUUUUUCUAAUGUGGCAAAGAUAGAUUGUUUCAAACACUUUGCCAGGCACAAUUUAACAAGAUAACUUUGUGACCAAAAGGCCCUGAAACAAUGGAAGAUGGACAACACAUAAAAGAGGAAGUGGUCUGGAUCCUGGACUGAAACCAUUCUAGAACACUCCGAGUCCUGGGGUGUAUUCAUUAGGAACCAAACAGAAGCAAACAUAAUGGGAAACAGGAAAGGAAUCUACCUGAAUUUGUCCAAAAUAAAACUAUUUAGUUGCUAAACGUUUUCCCGUUGCACUGCGGGUUUGCUACACUGUGCACUAAUGAAUACUCCCCUAAGGACAGUGACUCCUGUUGUUGUAGCAGGUCACUGAGACCCUUCUGCACUCAUCGGAAGAAGACUGACAUGUACAAUAGACUUACUGUAGCCUGAAAUACAGACCUGUUCUGUGCUAUUAUUCCACUCUUUUUUUCCUUCUUUUUAAAACUCUGUGUCAUAUGUUUGGCAAUGACAAGGAGUGGAAUGAUGGCACAAACAGACUGGUACCCAGGCUACCCAGGCUAUGGAACUGACCCUGCACUAACUAAUGGUUGGUGCAUCUCUCUCUCUCACUUUCUUUUUCCACCUUCCCUUCUUUUGAAAGGGAGCCGUGGGUGUGCCACCAGCAGAGAUAACAUAUCAUCGGUCCCGUCCUCGUACCCUAAAUCUCUUUAUCUCACAGCAACCACACAUCUUCUAGGCUGAAUACUAGACAGACUGCAGCUCACUCAUUACCUGCUACCAGAGCCCACGUGUGUUGCUAGAGAGUUUGGGCACGUUGACGUGUCUGCCGUUGGUGCGUUUUACAUGACACGUCAACGUUCUAUAGCGGCCAUGUUAGCUCCUCCGUUAAACGUUACACAUAUAGCAGCCAUGUUAGCUCCUCCGUUAAACGUUACACAUAUAGCGGCCAUGUUAGCUCCUCCGUUAAACGUUACACAUAUAGCAGCCAUGUUAGCUCCUCCGUUAAACGUUACACAUAUAGCGGCCAUGUUAGCUCCUCCGUUAAACGUUACACAUAUAGCAGCCAUGUUAGCUCCUCCGUUAAACGUUACACAUAUAGCGGCCAUGUUAGCUCCUCCGUUAAACGUUACACAUAUAGCGGCCAUGUUAGCUCCUCCGUUAAACGUUACACAUAUAGCGGCCAUGUUAGCUCCUCCGUUAAACGUUACACAUAUAGCGGCCAUGUUAGCUCCUCCGUUAAACGUUACACAUAUAGCGGCCAUGUUAGCUCCUCCGUUAAACGUUACACAUAUAGCAGCCAUGUUAGCUCCUCCGUUAAACGUUACACAUAUAGCGGCCAUGUUAGCUCCUCCGUUAAACGUUACACAUAUAGCGGCCAUGUUAGCUCCUCCGUUAAACGUUACACAUAUAGCAGCCAUGUUAGCUCCUCCGUUAAACGUUACACAUAUAGCGGCCAUGUUAGCUCCUCCGUUAAAACGUUACACACGGAAUAUUUAAAUCAUGCUAUGUAACUGAAUGUGUAGGAUUAGAACAAUAUUCCACAUUGUAAAAGCCCAGCUUCUCUAAACGCAGUACAUUUGGACCUCUUGACUUUUUCCACUUUUUUUGUUGUUGUUGUUAGGUUACAGCCUUAUUCCUUCAAUUUCAUGGCUUUUUUUUGUUUGUUUUUUGCUCUGACAUGCCCUGUCAACUGUGGGACCUUAUAUAGACAGGUGUGUGCCUUUCCAAAUCAUGUCCAAUUAAUUGAAUUUACCACAGGUGGACUCCUAUCAAGUUGUAGAAACAUCUCAAGGAUGAUCAAUGGAAACAGGAUGCACCUGAGCUCAAUUUCGAGUCUCAUAGCAAAGGGUCUGAAUACUUAUUUACAUAAGGUAUCUGUUUUUACAUUUUUAUAAAUUAGCAAACAUUUAUUUAAAAAAAACUACAUUUUUAAAACUAUUCUCGCUUUGUCAUUAUGGGGUAUUGUGAUGUCAUUAUGGGGUAUUGUGAUGUCAUUAUGGGGUAUUGUGAUGUCAUUAUGGGGUAUUGUGUGUAGAUUGAUGAGGAUUUUUAUUUAUUUAAGGCUGUAACGUAACAAAAUGUGGAAAAAGUCAAGGGGUCUGAAUACUUUCCGAAGGCACUGUGUAUGACUCUGUUUAGUUUGCUACUUGCCUGCGCCUUAUGAUAAUCUACUACCACUUCUACUUCUUCUUCUUCUUCUUCUUCUUCAUGAAAGAAGAUGGGGUGGGACUACGUGAACUUGUCCAAUAAGAAACUUGUUUCCCAACCGUGUACCACUGAUGCCAACUAGCUGUAGCUCACAAAGGCACAUAGACAGGCAUUGUAAUCUGUCAUAUUUCUGAGCUGAACAGACAUUACAUUUAUUUUAUAUUUUUUUUAAGUAUGGCUAAUUUAAAUGUGUGCAUUAAAGCCAUACAAUAAAACUGCACUACAUUGUUGUGUAAGAUCAGAUCGUCCUUAUUUUUGCUUGAUCUCUCAGAUUCCACUCUGUAAAACACUGGUGCUAUUUCAAUUCUUAUUUAAAAACAGCCAGACACCCUAAUAUUACAGAAGUUAGAGAAGCUGUAAACUAUAGCAACCAAAUGACUCCUUAUCUAUUGAAGUAUCAUCAACCAAUCUGUCAAAAAAAAUAAAAAAAUAUGUUACUAGUUAUUACAAUCCUUGGUGAUAUUUUGUCAAAACACUUUGAAAUACAUUAUAGCUUACUGUUGUAGUAGCUAUUUCAUUGUGUGCCUAAAAUGUAACCAUUACCAAGAGUAU